AUGUCCAGCGCUCAGCUUAGAACGGCCCGGCGCCUCGGCCAAAUCGCCAGCCAUGUGAGCCCGGCUCGCCAGUUCUCAACCAGCUCUGCGAUGAGGAAAGAAAUCCAAGAUGCCUACAUUCUGAGCGCCGCUCGAACGGCGACAGGCAAGUUCAAUGGCUCAUUCCAGACCGUGCCUGCUCCCGAGCUUGGCGCUGCCGCCAUCAAGGCCGCCUUCGAAAAGUCAAAAGUUCCGAUGGAAAAGAUUACCGACAUCUACAUGGGCAACGUGCUUGCGGCCGGCAUGGGCCAGGCUCCCACUCGUCAGGCCGCCGUCCUCGCUGGGUUCCCCACGCAUGUUGAGGCCAUCACCAUCAACAAGGUGUGCUCCUCUGGUCUCAAAUCCGUGGUCUUCGCCGCACAGAACAUCCAGCUGGGUCUGGCCGAGGCCCAGAUUGCCGGUGGUAUGGAGAACAUGUCUCGGGUUCCUUUCAACCUUCCCCGUGGCGGCCUCAUGCCGGUGUAUGGCCAUGCUGUUGCCGAAGACGGUCUUCUCAAGGAUGGUCUGACCGAUGUCUACAACAAAUUCCCCAUGGGCAACUGCGCCGAGAACACGGCAAAGGUUUACAAGAUUACACGAGAGCAGCAGGAUGAGUUCGCCAUCGAGUCAUACAAGAGAGCGCAAAAGGCUUGGGCUGAGAAUGCCUUUGCUGAGGAGAUCGUUCCCGUCACCGUCAAGACCAGAAAGGGAGAAGUUGUUAUCAAGGAAGACGAGGGUUACAAGGAUAUCAAGUACGAGAAAGUCCCUACUCUGAAGCCCGCUUUUGUCCGUGACGGAACUGGUACCGUCACCGCUGCCAACUCGUCAACUCUCAACGACGGUGCCAGCGCUCUGGUUCUGGGCAACAAGGCAAUCGCACAGCAGUACGGAGCUGGCUCUCGCGUCUUGGCCAAGAUUGUCGGUUCCGCCGAUGCCGCGGUGGAUCCCAUUGACUUCCCCAUCGCCCCUGCCAAGGCCAUCCCCAUUGCCCUGGAGCGUGCUGGAAUCACAAAGGAUCAGGUUGCCGUCUGGGAGAUUAACGAAGCUUUCGCCGCCGUUGUUUUGGCCAACAAGAUGAUCCUCGGCCUCGAGAAUGCUCGCGUGAAUCCUCUGGGAGGUGGCCUCUCUUUCGGCCAUCCCUUGGGCAGCUCUGGAUCUCGAAUCCUCACAACCCUGCUCCACCAGCUGAAGGUUGGCGAGUAUGGCGUUGCUGCUCUCUGCAAUGGAGGUGGUGGUGCCACUGCUGUGGUUGUGCAGAGAAUUGACUCUGUCUAA